AUGAACAGCCUGGUAGCCACACCGCCUGUUCCUCCUCACUUUUACGAGACCUCUUGUCGCUCUGCAUCAUAUUCCAUGUCAUCGACAAACGCCUCAGUGAACCGGAAGAGAAAGGCCGAAGAUGACUGCCUCCCUAGUGAUGACACUCGCAUGUCUGCCUCGCCCUCUGGGUCCCCUGCUCUCCAUCCACGGCCGUUAGCUCCCCGUCACCUCAAACGAUCACGACCAAACGUUUCGGGCCGGCCGUUGUCACUCCCCCGGUUAAUGGAGACGCUCGAUACAGAUGCUCUGCGGUCGGUGCUGAGGUCUCUCUGUGACCGUCAUCCGGAGAUAGCCUCAGAAGUCAUGCAUACUGCCCCCCGGCCCAGCGUCAGCGCUGCCCUCGAAGUCCUUAACAACUACCAAUCCACUCUACAGUCCUCUUUCCCGCUGGGCGGGAACCCUUCCUCCGACUAUGCAUAUAAUCGAGUCCGUCAGCAUCUCACCAACCUCCUUGAAGCCUUGAACGACUUUACGCCCCAUUUUCUCCCGCCAAAUGAAUCGCAGCCUUCAACAUCGCUAAACUACCUGGACGGUGCCACAGACAUCAUACACCGACUUCCACGGUGGACGACGCCACAGCAUAAUCUCGAGAAAUACGCAGCGUAUGAAGAGAUGAGCAAAGCAUGGUGUCUAGUGAUCAGAGAAGCAGCAAAGCGUGGUGGCGGUAUCCAACUACAGUACGGAGGAUGGGAUCAAAAGCUAGCAAAGCACAACGAGACUGCUGGAGGGAAACUUCAGGACGCUGUGAAUGAGCUGAACCAGAGCCUUGGCUGGAUCGGUGGCAAUGUGGGCAACCCAAGCUAUCCCGGUGGUAGCAAUUCUCAAGGUGACAUGUCAAUACGCCAACAACUCAUGUCAGGCACUUACGGAGCUGGCCUACCGUUGAAAGUCGGGCCAUGGUAA